AAAAAAGAAGUAGACCAUCAUCACCAAAAGUUUUUGUUUACCUUUUUUUCGAUCCACUAUAUAAACUGAAAUUUUAACAACUUCAUAUUCAACAACUAUAAUUAGAAUUAGAAUUAGAAUUAUAUUUUAGAUUUCUAUACCCAUUGGUAAAUAUUAAUUACUUAUAAGCAUUGAUCAUGUCAUUAGAAGAAUCUGUUAGUGCUAUUGUUAGGAAACAUCCUAAACCUCAAGGUUUAAAAUUUACUUAUGGAACUGCAGGUUUCCGUACUAAAGCUAGUGAUUUAGACUAUGUUAAUUAUACAGUAGGAAUCUUAGCAUCUUUAAGAUCAAAACAAUUGGGUGGUAAAACCAUUGGAGUUAUGGUCACUGCAUCUCAUAAUCCACCACCUGAUAAUGGAGUUAAAGUUGUUGAUCCUUUAGGUAAUAUGUUAGUUGCUGAAUGGGAACAAUAUGCUACAUUAUUAGCUAAUUCUGAACCUCAAGAUUUAGUUAAUAAUAUUAAUCAAUUAGCUACUAAACUUAAUAUUGAUUUACAAACUAAAUCAAAUGUUAUAAUUGCAAGAGAUUCAAGAGAUUCAAGUCCAAUAUUAUCAAAUUCAACCAUUGAUGGAUUUAAAUCAGUACCAAAUACUCAUUAUAAUGAUUUUGGAUUAUUAACAACUCCUCAAUUACAUUAUUUAACUAGAACUUUAAAUGAUCCACCAUUUGGAGAACCAACUGAAAUAGGUUAUUAUAAGAAAAUAUCAACUGCAUUUAAGAAUAUUUUCCAAUUAAGUAAUUCUAAAAAUGAUAAAAUUAAUAUUACAAUUGAUUCUGCUAAUGGUGUUGGAGCUCCAAAAGUUGAAGAAUUAUUAAGUCAAUAUUUAUCAAAUGAAAUUUCAUUUAAAUCAGUCAAUGAUCUUUAUAAUAAACCAGAAUUAUUAAAUUUUGAUUGUGGAGCUGAUUUUGUUAAAACUAAUCAAAAAUUACCAAAGAAUGUAGAAACUCCAGAACCAAAUAAAUUAUAUGCAUCAUUUGAUGGUGAUGCUGAUAGAUUAAUUUGUUAUUAUCAAGCUUCUAAUGGAAAAUUUCAAUUAUUAGAUGGUGAUAAAUUAGCAACAUUAAUUGCUUUAUUCUUUCAACAAUUAUUAGAAAAUAUUGAUGAAACUAAAUUAAAAUUAAAUAUCGGAGUUGUUCAAACUGCUUAUGCUAAUGGAUCUUCAACUACAUAUAUUGAAGAAACUUUAAAAAUUCCAGUUCGUUGUACACCAACUGGAGUUAAACAUUUACAUCAUGAAGCAGAAAAAUUCGAUGUUGGAAUUUAUUUUGAAGCUAAUGGUCAUGGUACAGUUGUAUUUAAUCCCGAAACUGAAAAGAAAAUCUUUUCAUAUGUUGCUGAUGAAACUAAUGAAAAAGAAAUUAUUUCUAUUAAAGUUUUACAACAAUUUACUCAAUUAAUUAAUCAAGCUGUUGGUGAUGCAAUUGCUGAUUUAUUAUCUGUACUUAUAAUUCUUCAUUUUCUUAAAUUAAGUCCAGAAGAUUGGAAUAAAUCAUAUACUGAUUUACCUAAUAAAUUAACUAAAGUUAUUGUUCCUGAUAGAAGUAUUUUUAAAACUACUAAUGCUGAAAGAACUCUUGUAGAACCAAUUGGUAUUCAAGCUAAGAUUGAUGCAUUAACUGAAAAAUAUCCUAAUGGUAGAUCAUUUGUAAGAGCUUCUGGUACAGAAGAUGCUGUAAGAGUAUAUGCUGAAGCCAAUACUAAAGAAAAUACAGAAGAAUUAUCUAAAUUAGUUGGAGAACUUGUUAAAUGAAUAAAUAGACUAAUGAAUUCUAUAUAAAAUAAAUUAUU